CCAAUGGCGAGGCGUGAAAGCGCGCGAAGGCGCGGGAGAGGUCUGCGACGUUUCCCGCCAAAUCUGCGAUGGCGCCGGUGGGUAGCGAAGGCGAUUCCCUCGCCAGCUCCAGGAGUCGCCGAGACAAGAAGGACAAGGCGGGUCGCAGCGCCGCUUUGGAGAAACUCCGCAAGGCAAAGGCCGGGGAGAAGGUCUCCUACGAGGUGGAGGACGUGAUGCGUGUGUAUGACGAGGUGACGGAGGAGGAGUACUCGAACCGCGUGCGGGAUCGUCAGGACGACGACUGGAUCGUGGACGAUGACGGCAUCGGUUACGUCGAGGACGGCCGCGAGGUUUUUGACGAUGAGCUGACCGAGGAUGUCCUGGAGAGUCGCAACAGGGACCGCAAGGGCGUUGGCGACUCCCGCAAGACCGCCGGUGGCGAGGCGAAAAAGCCGGUCACCAAGUCGAGCAACAUCAAGAGCAUGUUCAUGGCGAGCGGCGGCAAGAAGACGGUGGAGAAGGACGUGGAUCUGUCCAAGGACGACCUGCUUGGGGACAUCUUGCAGGACCUACAGUCUGAGACCAUGGCCGCCACUCCCCCUCUGCCCAAGAAGAAGCCGACAUCAUCUGCUCCGCUCAAUCCGUUCUCCCUAAAGCCUCUGCCCAAGGCCGUGGGACGGGACGUCGGAUCGCAGAGGCCAUCGGCAUCGGCGGCGGCGUCGACCGCCAAGCUCGGCCGUGCGACGGGACUGACUGUGAAGCCCGGGAAAAGUCACGCGACCUCCCAGAAUCCCCCCAAACAGGAAGCGCCCUCCCGCAAGCCUUCCAAACGGGAAGUGGCGCUCCCCCGGGAGGCGACCGGGCAGGAGGAGACGGAGCGGGAGGAUGGGGAGGGCGACGGCACGGGACCGGGAGAGGGAGGAGCUCAGGCGGAGGCUGCGGCCGACUUUGAUGACGCCGAUUUCCUUGAGGCCAUGGACGAGGAGGGCCCAGCGGUGGACUCCGCCGCGGAGGUGAAGGCCAAGAAGGAAGAGCCGUCCACGAGCAGCGGCUACGGCUGGGACGACGAGGGCGCCGAGGCGCUGGCCACCGAGGAGACGGCGGCGCCGGCGGAGGGGAAGCUGCCGCUGCACCGCACCGGCGGCACCGGCGGCGACGCCGGCGACACCGCCGGCGACACCGGCGACACCGGCGACGUGCUGCGCUUCUACUGGAUCGACGCCCACGAGGACCCCUUCGCCCAGCCCGGUGUGGUUUACCUGUUCGGCAAGGUGCUGGUGGAGGACUCUCAGUCGUACGUGAGCUGCUGCGUCACCGUUCAGAACGUCGAGCGCUGCCUGUACCUGCUCCCUCGCGACAAGCGCGUGGACGUGAAGACGGGCGUCGCCACGGACGACGAGCCCGUCUCCAUGAAGGACGUGUAUGAGGAGUUCAACUCGCUCGCUGACAAGUUCCGCAUCAUGAAGUUCAAGUCGAGGAAAGUGGAGAAGUGCUAUGCCUUUGAGGGCAAGGACGUCCCCGUGCAGUCCGAGUACCUGGAGGUCAAGUACCUGGCGCAGUACCCGGCGGUGCCGGCGGACCUGUGCGGGCAGACGUUCUCCCGCGUGUUUGGCUCCAGCACCUCAAGCCUGGAGCGUCUGCUGGUGACGCGCGGAAUUCACGGGCCCUGCUGGGUGCACGUGGCCUCCCCGCAGCUGAGCGCUCGGCCUGUGAGCUGGUGCCGCGUGGAGUGCCUCUGCCCGCGUCCGGGCCUUCUCACCGCCCUCAAGGACGGGCCCCCGCCUCCGCUGGUGGUCAUGGCGCUCUCCAUGAAGACGCUGCCCAACCACAGGACCCACCAGAACGAGGUGAUGUCAGUCGGAGUGCUCGUUCACCAGGCCUUCCCAGUUGACAAAGCUCCUCCCAGACCACCCUUCCAGUCAUACUUCUCCGCAAUUUGCAAACCCGGGGACUGCAUCUUCCCCUUCAACCUGCAGGACGUGCUCAAGAAACAGUCGAUGAAGAUGGAGGUCUUCGUCACAGAGCGAGCACUCCUCGGCUUCCUGCUCGCGAAGAUCCACGUGACGGACCCGGACGUCCUCGUGGGCCACGACAUCGUCGGCUUCGACCUGGAGGUGCUGCUGCAGAGGAUCUCGGCGUGCAAGGCCCCCCACUGGAGCAAGCUCAGUCGCCUGCGUCGCUCUGCCAUGCCUCGCCUCGGGGGCCGGCGCGUGGUGGAGCGUCUGGCGACGUGCGGGCGCGUGGUGUGUGACGUGAAGACGUCAGCCCGUGAGCUCAUCCGCUGCAAGAGCUAUGACCUCGAUGAGUUGGUCGCCUCGCUGCUGAGGGCCAAGCGGGAGCCGUUCCCCGCAGAGAGCAUCUCGGCCGCCUACGCCGACUCUCAGCGCCUGCUGGACAUGGCGUCGCACACGCUCACCGACGCUCGGCACGCGCUCAGCAUCAUGAGCGAGCUCAACGCCCUGCCACUGGCUCACCAGAUCACCUGCAUCGCCGGCAACCUGCUGUCUCGCACGCUGCUGGGCGGGCGGUCGGAGCGGAAUGAGUUCCUGCUGCUCCACGCGUUCCACCAGCGCAACUUCAUCUGCCCCGACAAGACGUACGGCCGCAAGAACAGCACGGCCGCAGAGGAGGAGGAUGAAGACGGCGAGCGGGGAAGGGGAAAGCGCAAGGCGGCCUACGCUGGAGGUCUCGUCCUGGAGCCCAAAGUCGGAUUUUACGACAAAUUCAUUCUCCUGCUGGAUUUCAACAGCCUGUACCCGUCCAUCAUCCAGGAGUACAACAUCUGCUUCACCACCGUGUGUCAGCACACUCCGCCCGGGCAGGGUGCCGACUGGAUUCCGGAUUUGCCAGAGUCCGGCCUGGAGCUGGGCGUGCUGCCCACGGAGAUUCGCAAGCUCGUGGAGCGACGUAAGCAGGUCAAGGGGCUCAUGAAGCAAGCUGACCUCAACCCUGACCUCUACAUGCAGUACGACAUCCGGCAGAAGGCACUGAAGCUAACGGCCAACAGCAUGUACGGCUGCCUGGGAUUCUCGCUGUCCCGCUUCUACGCCAAGCCGCUGGCCGCCCUCGUCACCCUCAAGGGACGCGAGAUCCUGCUGCACACGAAGGAGCUGGUGCAGAAGAUGAACCUGGAGGUGAUCUAUGGGGACACGGACUCCAUCAUGAUCAACACCAACAGCCGAGACCUGGACGAGGUGUACCGGCUGGGGUCCAAGGUGAAGGCGGAGGUGAACCGCUCGUACCGCUUGCUGGAGAUCGACGUGGACGGCGUCUACCGCUCCAUGCUGCUGCUGAAGAAGAAGAAGUACGCGGCGCUGAGCGUCGAGCGGCAGGCCGACGGCUCCUGCACCACCCGGCAGGAGCUCAAGGGCCUGGACAUCGUGCGGCGCGACUGGUGCGACCUGGCCAAGACCUGCGGCAACUACGUGAUCGGACAGAUUCUGUCCGACCAGUCGCGCGGAGACAUCUUGGACAAGAUCCAGAGCCACCUGGAGGAGACGGGGCGCAGGGUGGCCGACGGUACGGUGGACGUCAAGCAGUACCACAUACACAAGGCGCUGACCAAGGACCCCCAGGACUACCCAGACAAGCGGGCCUUGCCCCAUGUCCACGUAGCCCUCUGGGUGAACUCCCAGGCGGGCAAGCGGCUGAGGGCGGGCGACACAGUCACCUACGUAGUGUGCCAGGACGGCUCGGGCCUAGCGGCGAGUCAGCGGGCCUACGCUCCGGAGCAGCUGCAGCGACUGGAGAGUCUCCGCGUGGACACGGAGUAUUACCUCGCCAGCCAGGUGCUGCCCGUGGUCUCCAGGCUCUGCGAGCCCAUGGAGGGAGUGGACGCGCAGGUCAUCGCCGAGUGGCUCGGCCUGGACCCGUCUCAGUUCCGAGCCUCCUCGUCCUCCUCCUCGUCGCUCUCCGUGACGUCGUCGCGCGGCGCCGGUGAGGACGAGGCCCUGCUGGGCGGCGUGGCGCAGGGCGCCGCGGAGCGGUUCGCACGGUGCGAGCGGCCCUGCGUGCCGUGCACCGCCUGCGGCGCCGGGCCCACCGUCGACGGGCCCUUCCGCGGAUCGGGUGUCCACAUCCAGCCGAGUCUGCUGUGCUGCGCCAGCUGUGAAGCGUCACAGCUGGCGAGCCUCCCGGCACUGUGCAACCGCCUCCAGAUGGACGUGCGGCGUCACGUCGGCCGCUACCACGCGGGCUGGCUGCUGUGCGAGGACAUGGCCUGUCGCAACCGCACGCGACGCCUGCCACUCACCUUCACCCAGCACGGACCGGUGUGCCCCGCUUGCCGCAGGGGGGUGCUCAGGGCUGAGUACACAGAGAAGAUGCUGUACACCCAACUGUGCUUCUACCAACACCUCUUUGACUGGGACUGCAAGUCUCUCACCGAGGUUGAAAAGAAAACCCUCAAGAACCGCAAGUGGCUGGAGGUGCAGAAGGGCUACGGCGUGCUGCACGAGGCGGCGAAAGCCGCUGUGAGCCUCAGCGCCUACUCACUCGUUGACCUGGGAUCACUCUUCCGCAGCCUCGUGUCCUUGUGACCUCCCCACGGCAGCCACUCUCCUGCCUCUCUCUCGCCUCUCUCUCUCCCACCUCCUUAUCCCUCCCCCACCUCCCUCUCCCACCUCCCUC